AUGGUCAUAUUAAAGGGCAUAUCAAAGGAUGUUCCAGCAGACGAUCUUACAAAAAUUAUUAGACAGGAAAAUGAGGAAAUUAACGAAAUUAUCAGUGAUGAUGGUGAGGGCCUUAAACUAAGAUUUAAACGGGACAAUAAGAACAAUAACCUGUAUAACGUGGUUCUUCUAGUUGAUCCUAAGGUAUACAGCAAAAUGUUAACAAUGGAUCGUAUCAGCAUCGAUUACCAGCGCGUCCAUGUUGCUAGUUUCUCGCCGUUCUUCCAGUGCCACAGGUGCCUGCAGUUCGGCCAUACAAAACUAAGUGCAACCUCGACAGAUGUAAGAAUGCACAACAUGAGAUUCUUCUCUCCGGCCUUUAUGGCCGGUAAUUAUGACAUCGCACUCAUCUCCGAGCCAUAUAUUGAUUCUGGAGAACAGGUAAAAUCAACAUUUGGAAUUGACACAUAUCAAUUUUUCACGAGCAACAAGAUUAAGGUCUGCAUCCUAGCAAAACCAGGAUGCGGGUCCAUCUUGGGACUAUCGCAAUACUCUACAUCCAACUUCUACGCAAUAAAAAUCACGUUUGGACAAACUGCACACACACAUGACACAGUCAUAAACAUACUCGAACAUGAUAUUUCUACCCUGAACGUUGAUGAUCUGGAACUUAUCAUCAACGAACUAACCAAUGUGAUCCACUCUGCAUGUCGAGCCAGCAUGCAUGUUGAAAGCCGGGGAACAAAGCCCAAGGCUCCUUGGUGGACGGAGGAGUUGGAGACCCUCAAGCAGGAGGUGGUGGAUUUACACUAUCAGCUCCACGCUGACAAGCGCCAGGGUAUGCCUUUGGAACAUAUUUUAGAAACGAGGAAACAAAAAAAAGGAACUAUACGCCAACAAGAUGCGCGAGGAGUCGACUAG